AAAUAACUCUCAGACACAACUGCUAAACCUGAUUCCAGCGGCGAUGGCGCGCUUCACGUCGGCGUGGCGCCGCAGCAACGCGCUCUACAUCGCUCCAACUAGUUCCAGCUACCUUUCCGCCUUCUUUGUCAUCGCUCUCGCCGCUCUUUCGAUCUCUACCUCUGCAGGUAUCCCUCCAAUCCAAGACCCGCUCCACCUUCAGCUCGACUCCACCCAGGACACUUUAUGGACGAUUUCUACCGACCAAAUUGCUCUAGAUAGCGCGCAAUUCAAAGCUCAAGUGCUCGAUAGUGUUCCUGACUUGGUUCCCGCCGACGUGAAAUGCGAGAAGAUCAAACACUGCGACAAAAAGGGUGUGUGCGCCAUUGUCUGCAAGCACGGCAGUGUCCAGGUGGACCAGUGGCUUCAAAAGGCGCUAAAACUGCAACGUAAACUCGCAUAUCGUCGCAAUUUUUGCUCUGCAACUCUGCCCGGUACACACAAUUCGGCCAUUAAUUUGGCUGAUGGCUACGGAGUGGAGGAUCAUGUAUUCGAAGGUUAUCUACGCUACUUUUCUUGGUUCAAGAAAGGCAUGAAGGUGCACACAAACGACCAAUUAUUCUCUCUUACAGACCAAUUGCACAUGGGCGUAAGGUUCAUUGAGCUGGAUGUGCAUUGGUUCGAUGGGGACUUACACAUCGCUCAUUGUGGAGGGUUCAAGUCCAAGUUACUGGACGGGAUGAUCGAAGUUUUCAAUGAGAUCGCGAAAUUGAUGGGUACCGGUAUUGAGUGGGAUUCCGAGACCAUUGGGUGCAAGCCCAGUCUGAGUAGUAUCCCGUCGAAUGAGCAGAGACCGCUGAAGGAGGCGUUACGUGAGUUGUCUACUUGGCUUCAUGCCCCCGAGCAUAAGGACGAGUUCUUGAUGGUGUUCUUCGAUGACGAGACGAACCUGAUGAGGUGGAAAAAAGUCGGUAAACUUCUGGACUAUUUGAAGGAAUAUUUCCCGGAAGAGGAGAUUCUACAACCGAUCGAGCUGGCGUACGGCACAAAAUGGCCUACGAUUGAAGAACUGCUUCGUGUUGGGAAGCGUAUAGUGUUCAUGAGCGGCGUCGACUAUUUUACAUACGGAGAGGAACUCCUGUUCGUGAAGGACACUGUUUGCAACUGGCAAGAACCGCCGCUGCCUCUUGCUCCAUUUCCAGCUUGUCGAUUCAACGAAUCCAAGACAAAUAUCGGGAUUCCGGAUGAAAACUUCAUCAUUUUUCGUCCAGAAACCAGCGAGAUUGAGUAUGGUUUCCUCAACGCAGACGGCCAGUUAGGCGUCAACAGGAACUUGUUGAAUGAAGAAUCACUCCCAGGCGUGGCACAAUGUGGAGUGAACCUGCCAUCACCGGACAAUAUUACUCCCAAACGCAUGGAGGCUACCAUUUGGGCUGUGCCUAAGGGACACGAGUUGAAUCCGAAACAGUGUGUGGCGCUCAUGCGUGAGUCCAAGACUUGGCAGAGCGUUGACUGUGACACUGAUAACUUGGUGCCAGCAUGUGUUGAUGUGGAGAACCCGCGUCAUUGGCAGCUUGGAAGCGUAUCGGUCGUCGAAGCCGACGCUGCCGUCGCCUGCGCAUCUCUUUCCUCAUCAACAGUAGAAUAUUCGGUCCCGGCAUCAGGAUAUGAGAAUGGACUCUUACACGACCAGCUGAUGCAGCACGCGCCCAGUUCUGUUGCUGGUGUGUGGUUGAACGCAAAAGUACUCGUCUCUGAGGUCUACUCGACGAAGCAGAAUGAGGUUGUCGCCCCAGUUGUCCACGAGACCAGAGUAUCUCCUAUCGACGAAAUUGUAUCUGUGGAGUAAAACUCUCGAAGCUGUGAGAAUUGGUGGUGAAGAAGACCCUCGUGCGUUUGAAGCAAUGGAAACUUAUUCGUAAGCAACACCAACAUCUAAUUGUUAUAACAGUAGGACGGUUUAUUGCUUCCAGAAGCUUAUGAUAUCGCAUGAAAAGUAUUCACGUUGGUUCUGUGAGCUAUAGCUAGCAACUCAUCUUAGUGGUUUGUCCUAAAUGAGCAAACUUUUACGCCUCGGGUG